AUGGCAAGCAUAGAAUGCUCUGAGAGACUGGACCAGGAAUACCCUAGCAGCAGUUUGGUUCAGGGAUCCUAUGGGGACAGAAAGAGGACCACAAACACAUGGUGUGAAAAUGAUGAAGGCGAUGAGGAAGAGGAAGCUGAGGAAAGCGACAGUGAUCAUUUUGGGAACGGCAUGCAGAAGGACCAAGAUCCGGUGUCCAGCAGCUCCAUGCCGAGGGACAGCAUGGCAGAGGACCUUCUGUGUGAGGAAGACGAGGUCUUUUAUGAGACCUUCACCCUUAUCAAUGCCAAUGGCGUGGCCAAGAAGUUGAACAUGAUGGUCAGUCUUCGCACCAAGAGUGAUGAGGGCGAUGAGGAAAGCAGCAAGGAGACAGUGUGUCAGAACUGGCAUAGCCGGCCAGUGAGGAAGCCUGCUGUUCUUCGGCGCAGCCCACAGGGCAUAAAUCACUUUGGCAGGAUGCUGCCAAGCUCAACCGAGUACGUGGACACUGUGGUUACCCUGGACAGUGAUUUAGACGACCCCGCCAGGGACAGCCUGCCGUGCAAUGGCAUGGAAAGCAUCAAGAGCUACAUGACCAGGAAAGUAGAGGGUGGGGUGUUCCCAGGAAAUCCAAGUAUGGACUUCAGCAAGCCAGGGGGGAGCAAAGAGCUUCCCCUGAAAAGCAAGAGAGGAGUGAAGUGGCUAAACCCGAAAGCUGCCAACAAGCCAGCCGAGAUAGCGGGCAGUGUUGGGGCCCUGAAAGCAGCCACGGUGAGGAGGGUCAGGAUUGGGACGCAGCAGGUGGGCAGCAGCGAGGUGGAGGAGCGGCCUUACAAAUGCAUGCAGUGUGGACGGGCCUUUAAGAAAUCAAGCAACCUCCUGAGCCACAUUGACACGCACAGUGGGGCCAAGCCGUAUGCCUGCGAGCUGUGCGGCAAGGCCUACUCACACCAGGGCACCCUGCAGCAGCACAAGCGGUUGCACACAGGCGAGCGCCCCUACAAGUGCCCGUUCUGCAUCAAGGCCUACACCUGGUCCUCGGACUACCGCAAACACAUCCGCACGCACACCGGCGAGAAGCCCUACAAGUGCCUGGACUGCGAGAAGGCCUUUGUGCGCUCCUCGGACCUGCGCAAGCAUCAGCGCAACAUGCACAGCAACGACAAGCCUUUCCCCUGCCAGGAGUGCGGCAAGACCUUCAACAAGCCACUCUCACUACUGCGCCACCAACGCACCCACCUGGGUGAGAAGCCUUUCCACUGUCCUGACUGCGGCAAGGAGUUUGCCGUGGCCAGCCGCAUGGUGGAGCACCAGCGCAUCCACACGGGCGAGCGUCCCUUCUCCUGUGCCAUCUGCGGCAAGUCUUUCACCAAGUCCUCCAACCUCUUCGAGCACCAGACGUUGCACACUGGUGAGCGCCCCUUCAAGUGCUCUGAAUGUGGCAUGGCCUUCGCCCAGUCCUCACGCCUCAUCCGCCACCAGCGCAUCCACACCGGCGAGCGGCCCUUCGCCUGCGCCGAGUGCGGGCAGGCCUUCGCCCGCUCCUCCACCCUCAAGAGGCACCAGCAGAUCCAUAGUGGGGAAAAGGCCUACCUGUGCUCAGACUGCGGCAAGGCCUUCCGCCAUGCCUCGCAGCUUACCCAGCACAUGCGGGUGCAUACGGGGGAACGGCCCUACCAGUGCGCCCAGUGUGGCAAGGCCUUCACUCAGUCCACCCACCUCAUCCGCCACCAGGCCAAGCAUGGUGCCAGCAAUGGGGAGCCGUUCUCCUCUUCCGAUGAGUAA